UCAAACGAUCAAAAAAAUAUAUAUCAAAACACUUGCACAACUUAAAUCUUUGACACACAACCUCCAAAAACACAAACUCAUCAUUCAUCAAUGGCUGCUCUUUCAAGGAACUUUCCAUCCCCCACCUCUCUCAUCACCAUCAUCAUCAUAUCUUCUCUCAUCUCCCUCAUCAACUCCAAUCCCAACCCUCCAUCAAAUCCCAUCAACAGCUCUUCUUCUCCAGACAUCCAUGACAUCCUCCCAUAUUACAAUCUUCCAAAAGGAGUAAUCCCAAAUGGAGUAAAAUGUUAUACUCUGUCCUCCAUUAAUGGAAGCUUCACUCUUGAAAUGGAACAUCCAUGUUAUGUCAAAUUUCCUGAUAAUCAGAUCGUGUAUUAUGAUAAGAUAAUUAAAGGGAAGUUAAGUUAUGGGAAAGUGUCUGAUGUUAAAGGAAUUCAAGCUAAGAAGUUUUUUGUAUGGGUCUCGGUUACGGGUAUGGAAAUGGAUCCGGAUUCGGGUAUGGUGGAAUUCUUUGUUGGAGCUUUGAGUCAGAAAUUGCCUGCUAAGAUGUUUGAAGUUAUUCCUACUUGUAUGAAUAAGGCUUACUCUGUUUUAAUUGGGUAUGUUCUUAAUUUAAUUUAAUUUAAGACUAAAAUAUAAUCCUAUCCUGUUUUGGGUUAAUUUUUUGUUUUAGAUCAACAAUAAUUAUGUUGGUUAAUUAGCUUGUCAAUUGUAAUGUAAGUCUUGUUAUUGUAUUAUAUACACUAAUUUCUUUCUGAAAUACUUAGUUUUAUUACUUAUUAUUUCAUCUAUUUUACUACUAU